CCUAAAGGAAAAUAACUCAUGUGAAAAAAACGAGUAAUUAAUAGCAGACGCAAAGAAAAAUAUCGGAACUAUCGCCGAUGUUAUCAACAGCUUCAGUUUCAAGCGUAUCAAAUCUCAUUGUAAAGGUGAAUUGUAUUUGCAGCUUUACAAGCUACGUAUGUUGGGAUAGUGAAUCCAAGGUAUCAAGGAGAUGAUCAGAUGGUGUAUGUAUCUGACGGAACACCAGUCAAUGUCAGCAAUUUGGGUUUGACAGCCAACGGAUACAAACUUGAAGGGCAGGAAAAAACCACUUUUCAAAUACAUUUGGACGGAGACCUGGAGGGAACAAAAAAUUCGAAAGCAUAUUUCUGUCAGAUCACUUGCUCGAGCGAUGAGUUGUCGCGGAAACAGUACACUUGUUCGGAUGGAACUUUAGUUCCAGACAAUUAUGACCUCUGGUUAGGACAUUAUUAUGAUGUAAGGACAUCCAAAUACCAGACGAGGAGGUACCUUGAAUACGCACAACAUUGCCAAUUAAGUGGAGGAUACUUGAUACAAUUUCGAACAAUUGAGGAGUGGAAAGCCUUUCUGGUGCUUAGAGAUAUUAUUGGAGAUGGGGAAAACCUUUGGACCGAUUUGAUCAACUUCAAGGGCUCUUGCGAUACCGAAAGUUCUUGCCGUUCGAAAUUAGUCUGGCGAAAUGAUGGGGUCCCUUUCAAUGGCGUUCAAGACGAUCAAUUGAGCUUUGAUCUAAAUACCAAUGAAUGUGUUGCGAUUCACACCGACUUACAUUUGACCUCAAAAACGUGCACUUCAAACAUGCGAUCUGUUUGCCACUUCAUAUGUGAUUCAAUGCCUCGUUCAGACCAAUGCGAUGGUGUGAGGGUCAAGGAUAAGUUCUUUCGUUUCAACAAGAAAUUCUGGAUCGCUGAAAGCCUCUCUGGAUCUAAAAGCCCGUCGACAAUGCAAAAAGCUUGUCAAGGUCAUAAUGCCAGCCUUAUUGCCAUCAAAUCAGAGAAUUCGUUUGAAGAAGCGCGAGCACUUUCUAAUUUGUUAAACAACGGUAACAACGGAAUGAUAGUUGGUCUAUUCCGAGAACCUGGAAAUCGAACAUGGAUCGAUGGCACACCCUUCGAAGACACAAGGGACGUUUUCACUCAAGGGGUGGAUAUUGACAAAUCCGGUUCAGUCGCCGUAGUUUUGAGAAAUGGGAAACUUGAAUCAAGCUAUAGCGCUUAUCAAGGGGUUUGUGCGUCAGAUUGCCCCGUUUACGAUGCUCUUCCAGAAUGCUCAGCCAAUGCGGUUGCGAUAAAUGACACUCAAAUCAGGGAAAUUCUGCCUCCGAAAGCAGUCUACAAAGCCCAAGAAACACGCAGGUUUGAUGAAGGUUGGAAAAUGAGCUUAGUGGCUACUGAUAAUGAGUUCUUAAGCAAACAAAAGGCUUCGUUGGAUUCCGAUGUCCAAGAUAAGGUGGAAUCCUUGACUGUGAUGAGUUUAUGCAGAGGGCGCAUCAUUUCAGCACAACGAGGAAUGAACCGAUGA